AUGGGCCAGACUUUCAGCUUCAUGAACAUCUUCAGCAAGCUCUGGGGUGUUCAGAAGGAAAUCAGAAUUCUUAUCUUGGGCUUGGAUGGUGCUGGCAAGACCACCAUUCUAUACCGCCUUCAAAUGGGUGAAGUGGUCACCACCAAACCAACUAUUGGAUUCAACGUGGAGACAUUAAAAUACAAGAACUUGACAUUGAACAUAUGGGACCUUGGUGGACAGACAUCUAUCCGUCCAUACUGGAGAUGCUACUACAGCAACACUGCGGCAGUUAUAUUCGUGGUUGACUCCACCGAUAAGGACCGUAUUGACAUUGCCUGCAAGGAGCUUCAUACCAUGCUUAAAGAAGAGGAGUUGCUAGAUAGUGCUCUUUUGGUAUUUGCCAACAAACAAGAUCAACCUGGCGCUAUGACGGCAGCCGAGGUUUCACAGGCGCUCAGCCUAACAGACUUAAAGGAUAGAAGCUGGAGUAUUGUUGCUUCUAGUGCCGUUCGUGGCGAGGGCCUUAAUGAAGGUUUGGAUUGGUUAAUGGAUGUCAUCAAGGAUGAACAGUUAUAA